AUGGCUAUCGGUCGGAAAAAAUAUAUAUGUUCGUUUUGUUUGAAACCUUUCUCGAGGUCGGAGCACAAGAUAAGGCACGAAAGGUCUCAUGCGGGCGUGAAGCCUUUCCAAUGUCAAAUCUGUAAACACUCUUUUGUCAGGCGGGAUCUCUUACAGCGGCACAUCAGAACUGUCCAUAGGUCUUUCCUCUUAUCCAGUUGUGCGUCUAUGACUGACAGUAAGGUUGAAGUGCCUGCCUCUCUUGGUGUGAGUGAUUAUGAUCCGACUUCGGCAAAGGACAUCAAGUUGGAGACGCUGGUUAACUCGAUGAUUAAGGUCAAUAGUGGCCUUAUCAAUAUCCACUACCAUAGCCUCGCGACAGAAAGCAAGGAUCGGCUGCAACACGGCCUCGUUGGAGGAGAAUUUCCUAUUUUGAAUAUAAGGAAUGCCGGCCCUAAACAGACUAAGAGGCAGCUAGAAACUUCCAUCAGUGUAAAGAUUAUGCAAGAGUAUCCACUAGAUUUCAUUAGUUCUAGGGAUAUUCUAACUUUUUUCAGAAUGGGUGUAACCCACUUGGUAGAGAAUAAAAUAUUUCAAAACUACUUUCCGGACUUGUUUUCAUCACUGCAGGAUAGCAAGUUGGUGGAAAGAUUUUGGAUUAGGAGACCCUUUGGUCUCAUAAUAGCUUGUCUGGGGAUGUCCAUCUCAUUGAACCAGGACUCUCAAAAGUUAUGGUUUAUUUGCUGUACGAACUUGUACGCCAACUCGUGUGGCUACAACGAUAAUGAUAACAACUACGACAGCGAGAGCGAGAGCGACGGCAACGGCAACGGCAACAGUGCCCGAGAGAAGGAACAGCAUGGCAUUUUUGCCUUGAUUCUGUUUUAUUCUCUGUUGGUGAUGUUGGAAAACAACAUUCCUGUGUCCAACUCCAUCAAAAAGUUCGAUAUCUUCACCAUGCUUCAAGAUAUUUUGAAACCUUUAGCUGUUUCCUCUUCCAGUUAUCAUUACUUGAAUGCCAGGGCAAACGUGUGGUUCAUAUUCGAUCUCUGGAUCAACGUCUUGCGCGAUUCAAACAACUUCAACAACGAUUCUUUGCAAAUCUUUGAUUGGUUCGUUAGCCAGGAAUUUUCCUUGUCCAGAUCGCUGGAAGAUUUUAUAAACAGGGGACUGCCUAUGACAAUGACUGAUUUAACUUUGAAGCAAAUCAACGUUUUGGCUGAUUCCGCCUACGUUUAUUUCAUAAUAAAGAAAACCUUUCCUCAUAAGUUGCCGCACGAUUUCAGAGUGCAUGACUUGCUGAUUAACUUGAACGAAUGCUUCAUAAUGCAGCAACCGGUAAAAUCAGACACUAAGGAGAACUCGUCUGUAUUUGCUACCGUUUUGAAUGCAAGAAUUACGGAUUGCAAAUCCAAAAGUCAUUGGUUGUUAUGGGAGACAAUCUGGUUUGAAUUUAUAAGCAAUUUGACGUUAAGAAGCGGGACCAUGAGGAACAUGUGGUUUAUUGAUAAUUUCCCUCAAGUAUCUACCUCAUGUCUACUCCAUCAUUCCUCUUCGUUUAUUGAUGAGACUUUGAUCACCACAAACUUGUCAAUUGUCUCAAUGCUUCUGAAUUUGAAGUCUUUCAAUCUGGCGUCUUUAAACUCACGUAACAUCCAAUUGAUCACUGACAUCGUUAGUUUCCAAUUAAAAUUGUUUUCAUCCGAAUUGAUUGCAAGCUCAGACGUUUCGCCCUCGCAAGUAUCUCAGCUACUGAUAAACCCCAAUAUUGCCCUGCUGCUAUACUUUUGGUUCGACACCAUUUACGUGCAACGUCAAAACUGUUUAUCAUCCACAGAGAAAGAGGAAUUCGAAAAGGUGGAAGUGUUUAUCAAUGAUUACAUCAUCACGCGUCGAAAGAAUUUGAUCGGGGACUUACACUCCAUCUUGUUCGAUUUUUGGUCAGAUUCCUUCAUUGCAUAUCAUAUCUUGUUACAUGCCAUUGUUUCCUCAUUAAGGGAUAAUAUUCUCUACCCCUAUUUACUGUACUCCCCUCACUUGAAUGAACAAACCAAGGCUCUGUUGACUGACAUUUCCAAUUGGUCAUGCUUUGCCCUGCAACAGCCUUUCCGCAAAACUUCAAGAGGAUCCUUAUCCGUUGCUACUGACAUGAAAUCGUUAUCAGUAACGUCGUGCUUACCACUUUCGCCUAAUUUUCCGAAAAGAGAUGCAAAUUAUAACAAGAUUCUUCUCCCUCCUUUGGACAUCAAGGCUAGCGAACCUGUAACAACAAGUAACUACACCUACAUGAACUCAGCUCCUAAACAACAGCAAAAAGAGCAAAAUCCAUUUAGGGAUUCAGGCAACAAUAUCAAUCUGAUGCAAACGAUAGCAAACAAAGAACCGCAGAAUUUCUCUGUUCCAAGCGGAAAUGGACAAAGUAAAAACAGCGAGAUUCUUGGCCAAAUAGACUAA